AUGAGACCCGAGGAUCGCGUGGGGCGAAUCCACCAAGAUGCUUUCGUCAUUACAACCGGCUGCGGUCUUGCCCUGGCAGUCUUGGGGGUGGUGGUGCGAUUUAUCAUCCGUUUCCGCGUGCAGAAACAACGGCUUGAGAUCGACGACGUGCUCAUCAUCCUCGCCUUGUGUUUAUUGAUCGCCAGCAGUUUGGUGAUGUAUCGCGAGGUGGUCGUUCGCAUGUAUAAGCUGUCGGCGUUGCAGGGAGGACUCGCCGUGGAGAUCCCGAACCUCAUGGCGAUGUCGUACCAAUAUCACAAAUUCUACACCAUUUGCUUGAUGCUGGGAUGGGCCUCCUUCAAUGCGAUCAAGUUCGGUUUCCUUUUGAUCUUCAAAAAGAUGAUUGAUCGCCUCCCGACGUGGAUGAUCUACUGGUGGGUCGUGGUUGUCUAUACGGCGGGCGUGAUGGGCUACGGGUUCGCGACCAGAUACGCCUCCUAUUCCUAUUUUAAUAACCCCUGA